CCAUUUCCAUCGUACCAUAAUUUCAUUUGCCGGGAACCCAACACUCGUUAUUGUAAUUCACUGUUCAAAAGCAGUCAACGCUCCGCUGUUGCUAAUCAGAGCUCCAGCCACAUUCAUGGUGUUCAUCGCUUGAGCCACUCGCCGAAAAAGCAGAGAACUUUCGCUUCUUAAGCAUAACAUUCUUCCAUGGCCUCCUGGCGGCGUAUGACUGGCGCUUACACUAUGCUUUCCCUGCUUCUUUCUGCUUCUGCAGCCAUCGCCGUCAUCGAUCACUUUGCUAUUCCGACGACAUGGUUUAGCAACUUUAAAUAUGGUGAAUCAUAUUCUUAUGGUAUGGUCAGUGUGGUCAAUGAAUUUACUCACGAUCCCGAAGCGUUUACCCAGGGUCUUGUUUAUGGUGGAAAUGACACCUUAUUCGAGUCAACUGGUCUUUAUGGGAAGUCAUCUGUUCGGAAAGUAGCUCUUCAUACUGGGAAGGUUGAGACUCUUCUGAAGAUUAAUGAUUCUAUAUUUGGUGAAGGACUGACUCUUUUUGGUGAAAGGUUGUUCCAAGUAGCUUGGUUGCAAAAGACUGGUUUCAUAUAUGACUGCAAUGAUUUAAGCAAAGUUGGAGAAUUUAUGCAUCAGAUGAAUGAUGGGUGGGGUCUGGCAACUGAUGGAAAAGUUUUGUUCGGAAGUGAUGGCAGUUCAACAUUGUAUCAGAUGGAUCCUCAUACAUUCAAGAUUCUAUCAAAACAUGUUGUCUAUUACGAAGGUCAUGAAGUAAAAUAUCUCAACGAAUUAGAGUUUGUAAAUGGUGAAGUUUGGGCAAAUGUUUUGGGGGUCGACUGCAUUGUAAGAAUCUCUCCCAAGGACGGUCGUGUUAUUGGAUGGAUUCUCCUCCAAAAUUUAAGGGAUCAAGCGGUAGCACCUGGGAAUCAAAAGCAGAAGGUUUUGAAUGGCAUAGCAUGGGAUAGUGAAAGGAAGCGCAUAUUUGUGACGGGAAAACUAUGGUCAAAGCUAUACGAAAUCAAAGUUGUUCCUAUAAAGAAACCAAUUGAAGAAGGGUUCAUUGAGCAGCUUUGCUUGAGUCCACUUGGAAGUGAGAGUUUGAGAGGCAGUCAUCAACUAUAAAGGGUUCUGUCAUGUUGGUCUCUGUAAGUCUGUCCUAUGAGUCUCGUGGGUUCUAUGCUUGCUCACUCUCCAACGCUCUUGUGUGAAAUGUAAAAGAAAAUGGUCCAAGAUGAGAACACAGAGAGAGAGAGAGAGAGAGAGAGAGAGAGAGAGAGAGAGUGGUGCAAGAAUACGUUUGAGGUGUGGCGUGUAAUGCCGUGAUUAAAUAAAUUCUCCUGCCGAAUAAAUUUAUUGCUCAAUAAGUUGUUUUAUUUACAUAGUAAAUAAAUGAUACUCUCUCUUCAUCCUUAAUAUA